GUAGUUCGGCGGCCGGGCAACGGCGGCGGCAGAGGCGGAGGGGAAGAAGGAGGAGGAGGGGGGGGGGGGAUCGAGCGCGGCCGGCGGCCAUUAUCUGCGAGCGCUGAGGCCGCGGAGGCUGCUGCGGGGCCGGGGGGGGGUCUCCAUGGGGGCUUAACCUCGCCCCCCCCUUCCCUCGUUCGUCCCCGGUAGGCCGCGGCCUAGGCGGGCGGGGCGGAUCCCCGGCCUCGCGUAGCGCCUGGCCGGGGGGGGGGCCAUGUCCCUGGUGGCCUACGCCAGCAGCGAGGAGGACAGCGACGCGGAGGGGGCCGCGGGGGAGGAGGAGGAGGAGGAGGAGGAAGGGGAUGAAGAUGAUGAUGAUGAGGGGGGGGGGGGAGGAGGCCGCCGCCCUGCCUCGGCCUCGGGGCCUUUUCGCCGCUUUGCCCCCCCCAAAACCUCCCGGCCCCCUCCUGGCGGCUUCCCCCCCCCCUCCUCCUCCUCCCCUUCCCCUCCUCCUCCUCCUCCGCCGCCUCCUCCUCUCCUCACGGCCCCCCCGGGGCCCCUCAAGGCCUUUGGGACCCCCUCGGCCUCUUCAUCUGGGGGGCCCGAGGAGCAGCGACCCAGGCCCGGGGGGCGGCUGCUGCUGCUGCCCCCCCCCAGGAACACCCCCCACGGGGUUGGGGGGGAUCUGAGCCUCCCCAGGGCCAAGAAGAGGACGGAGCCGGUGAGGAUCGUGGUGCCCGAGCUGCAGGAGGGAGAUUCAGAUUCGGAGGAAGAUGAACCAGCAAGGAAGAAAAAUACCCCCCAGGGGCGCGGCGAGGGCUCCGGCUUGUCCGCUCUGCUUCCUCAGCCCAAGAACUUGACGGUGAAAGAGCCCAACCGGUUACUUGUGCCCCACGCCGUCUCGAGGAAAGCAUCCGACAGCGCCAGCGAGGCAAAACCCGCCAAGACCCCCUCCUCCUCCUCCUCUUCCUCCAAACCCAAACCUCCGUCCAAGCCGGCGGUGCCCACCACUCCCUCCCCCUCUGCCAUCAAAGCCGCCGCCAAGAGCGCUGCCCUGCAGGUAACCAAGCAGAUCACGCAGGAGGAGGACGACAGCGACGACGAGCUCGAGCCAGAGAACUACUUCUCCUUGUCUGACAGGAGCCAGCCCGGCCUCGUGGCCUCCGAGCCCUACUCGUACCCCGGCGCGGCGCUGGCGGAGGAGCCGCCGCCCGGGACGGAGCCCGAGCCUCAAUUCCAGGACGCUGCUGCCAACGCCCCGCUGGAAUUCAAGACGGGCGCGGGUUCCAGCGGUGCUCAGCACGGCUGGCUGCCCAAAGCUGGGGAGGAGUACAGCAGCCAGCCCUACGGCCACUUCCCUGCUUAUGGGGACGCUGGCGUGCCGGGGGCGUAUUACCAGGAUUAUUACAGCAGCGGCUACUACCAGGAGGCAGAAGCAGCCCAGGGCGCGCCGCAGGAGACGAGCACCGACUCCUCCUUCCUCGACGACGAAGCGUUCAAACGCCUGCAAGGGAAGCGAAAUCGGGGGAGAGAAGAGAUCAACUUUGUGGAUAUCAAGGGUGACGACCAGCUGAGUGGAGCCCAGCAGUGGUUGACCAAAUCCUUAACAGAGGAGAAAACCAUGAAAUCAUUCAGCAAGAAAAAAGGAGACCAGCCCACGGGGCAGCAGAGGAGGAAACACCAGAUCACCUACCUGAUCCACCAGGCCAAGGAGAGAGAACUGGAACUGAAAAACACGUGGUCCGAAAACAAGCUCAGCCGACGGCAGACUCAAGCCAAGUACGGAUUUUAACGCCUCCAGCCCCACUUUUUGGCUGCUGGCCCGGGUGACCCACGGUGCCAGACCUUCGCAGACCGCCCAGGCCGUGCAGGACGCUGUCCGCUGGGGGCAGGAGGAAGAAGGUUGAAGGCAAACCAUUCCCAAAACUCCACCUGGAACCUUUCCCCUCGUCCUCACAAGCAGCACCGUGGAAGGUUGGCCCCGGCUCUGUUGGGUGCAGCUGGCGGCAGCCCCGAGGCGGCUGCGGGGAACUGGUGCGAGGCUCGGAGCUCUGGUCCUGGAGGUGCAGGGGCUGCGCCUCCUCCGAAGCAGCCUCGCCGCUGGAACCCGAGGCAGAGUCUCAAUAAACUUCCAUUGCCCGCUCUGCUCCUUUUUUUUUGGGCUCGCUGUGCGUUGAGAGUGUAAUUUUUCUUCCUGGAGGGCGCUGAGUUUCGAGAGCAAGCCUGGUUUUUGUGUUUUUUUUGUUUUGUUUUUAUUUUUUUGUCAUUUGAUUUGAACCAUCCUCGUGGCUGUUUAAUUUUGUCUGAGUAAAUCCCAUGCUCCUCUCGUGGGUGAUUUAUUCUC